AAUUGUACUCACCCCUACUUCUGUGUCCCUUUUUGAUGCAGAUACUAGUCGGGGUACCCCACGUGGCAGUUAAUAUUCUAGCGGAUUGUGUAAUUCUCAGAUUAGUGAUGGUGAGGACUAGAGCCACAAUUACUGAGGGUGAGGCUGCACCUGCUGCUCAAGCCCCAGUACGCGGGCGAGGUAGAGGACGUGGUGGAGUCAGGGGACGAGGCCGAGCAAGGGGAGCGGCACCUGCUCGUGGACGAGCUAGAGAGCUAUCACCUGAGCCCAUGUAUGAGCAUGAGGAUGACUUAGAGCAGAAGACUGAGGAGGAGAGGCCAUCCCAGCCUCCUGUGGUUCCCGAUAGUACUCCGAUGCUUCAAGAGCUAUUGGUUCGAUUAUUGGCUAGACUGGAUGAAUACUAG